AUGGUGGGCAGCGAAGUGGCGGGUAGAGGUGGCAGCGACAUCUUUGGAAUGGUGGGCAGUGGCGGAAUCUGGGUGGUCGGCAAAGGCGGCAACGUGGGCAUUGGCAGAGUCGGGACUGUUGGCAUUGCUGGCAGUGGAGGCAAUGUGGGCUUAGGGAGAGAUGGGAUUGUAGGCAGUGUUGGUGUUGAAAUUUGCAGAAGGUGGCGAGCUCCGAGGCUCAUUUGGAUGCUUGAAAGUGAUAAAAUUAGUGUCAAAGACAGAAUGGAACAACGCUACUGGGAAGUCAUCAUGAGAAGUGGAGAACAUGCUCAACAGGCCGGUUAUGACUUCCGAAUUGCACCAGUGGGAAAGUGA